GCCUCAUGGCGAGAAUGGCGGAUCCGUGAGAUGAAAUCUCAUCAAGCGAAGGUGGGUGAUUAGCGGGUGGGCCAUAGAUCUCAAUCCGGGGCCUCGCCGAGCGCACGUGAUUGCUCAUUUAGAAAGUAGAGUGUUCCUCUUCCGCUGCACGCACAAUUGAAGACGAAGUGGCAAGAUCCAAUCUCUACAACAGGAGAUGGUCGGGCUCACCAUAUCGGCAGACCGAGGCGCAAGAUUCGGUGCUGCUCGUUAUAAUACCUUCCACCGCGUCCCGUCCUUAGCCUUGUUCCCCUCCGGCCGCCAUGUCCCCCCACACGCAAAGCACAAUGCCUUGGUAUUGUCAGACAGUCGACCGCGACUCCGCAAGCAUGUGGUCCGCUCGCUACAGCCCGACCCAGGUUCCAGAGCCUACCACCACCGCCACUCAGCAAACGCAACCUGGGCCGCACGUUCCUUACAUACGUUCCGCUCUUCCCGCCUCCUCUACGCGACUGGCCGUCAGGCGCUCCUACUCCUCCGUAUACCAAAGCGCCACCUCCAAGCGGCGGGCUCAGCGAAAGCGCGAGAAGGAUCCCAGGUGGGCUCCGCGCCCUCCGAACGCCUUCAUACUCUUCCGGCGCGACUUUUCUCGGAAACACGCCCAGGCGAACAAGGGCAAGGCGCCGACCAUGGAAAAGACGCUGUCCCAGCGAGCUGCCGACGCGUGGGGCUCGCUCACCAAGUCAGAGAAGGAGCACUGGAAUCGCCUAGCCGAGCAGGUCAAACUCGAGCACGCGCUUGAGCAUCCCGAUUACAAGUACCGACCGCAAAGGCGCACCAGUGACUCCCGAAAAGAGGGGGCUCCCAUGACACGCCGCGAGCAGGUCGAAUCGUUCGUGCGGCAGGUGGCCAACCGUCCGCAGGGCACAGCCUCCGACUCCGAGUCCGCCAGCGACUCGACGAGUCCCCCGAGCCCGGCCAGCAUCGAGUCGCAGUGGCCACACGAGUCGCUCGAGGUCACUUCCGCGCGCACCAGUCCCGGGGAAUUCAGCGAGGAUGAGUUCAAGUCGUCGUCCAUGCUCGGGACGUCGCUUCAGGAGCACUUCCACCACCGGCUCUAUUCGUCCUUCGAGGCUUCAGCGUCGACGCCUUGCUUUGGCUCGCAGUGGGUCUUGGGCGGCGCUGCGGAGCCACUCGGUUCGGUCUCGUCGCCCUAUACGGAGAUCGACAAGUCCGGGUGGCCAGCGAGCUACCCGCAGCCUGAUAGUCGCUUGUCCUGGGCUCUUGACACGUCUGUUGCGGCCCUUAGUCAGUCCCCCUCUCCAAAGCAAGAGGACUGCGCGGAGCCGCUGUUCUUCCAAGCGCUACAGACCUCACUUCCUCCGACGCCGGUCGACUCUCCCCCCGCAUCUUCGUAUGCUUCUUCGCCGAGCAUCGCGAGUCCGCCGCGCCCUGCGCCGCUUUACGGUCGGCGCAGAGCCGCUACCACCUCUGGCGCUUUGCCGUCGCCGUUGACGGUGGUCACUUCGUCGCUUCAGACUUGGAACGGAACACUGCCCAGUGUGGCCGUCACGAGUGUCGAGGGCUACGAAAUGCCGUAUCGACGCGCGUCAGUGCCAUCGCUGUUGUACCCUGAAGAUGUGCCUUCGUCGAACGGCCUUCUGUCUGCAGCGGUGGGGGUGGAUUUCGACCGGACCCCGCGGACGUCCGACUUCCCCUCGAGCGCACGGGACCCCCGCGUUCCCCCGACACCGCCGCCGACAUUCGCCCCUCUCGACGCUGUGGCCAACAACUUCAGCGCGGAGAACCUGGCGGAGCUGAGCCCCGCCGUUAGCGGCUGUUCGUACGACACUACGGCGGCGGACUACGAGGGAUACACGCAGGGGCUAGCGGAUUUCGGCAUCGAGCCUACCACGUACAGCAUGUCACCCUUCCAGGAUAUCGACAUCAACGACUUCUUCGACUUUGAAUCUACGCUGUAACGAUAUGAAAACCCGUAUGAACUUCACGAUGCGACAUCAAGAUGUUAUGACUCUGAUGACCAGGGGUACGACCUUUAUGGACUAUGGUAUUUUUCGUCUGCGGUGGUUGCGUUGUACCGAUGGACGCUUUCAGAACGGUUCAUUUCGGCUGCCGCACCGCGGUAUAGAGUCAUGCGUGCAUCUCAUCUCCGUUCUCGCUCCAUGUAUCUACUACGC